AGGAGGGGAGUGGGUGGCGUUAAGACCGUUUACUCUAUUUGGAGUUGCAGAUGAAGAAGGUUUUUUUUUCCUGGUGUUCUUGUACUUCCACCACAGCUCGUUGGCCAGCUCCGUCCUCAGAGAGCGCGCGCCAGGAUGGCUGCUCUCCCGGCGCGAGGGAUGUUAUGGAUGUGUGUGUUAGUCUGUACAGGGAUAACGGGAGUGUGCGGUUCAAUUGUCUGCACCUCCAGAGGAGCCAGCACAUGCAAGCAAUGUCUGGCUGUGCACCCCAGCUGUGCGUGGUGCCUCCAGGAGGACUUCGGCCAGGGCGUUGCCAGUUCUUCCCGCUGUGAUCUGAAGAGUAACCUGGUGGCAGCGGGCUGUGCUCCGUCAGCUGUGGAGUCUCCGACCAGCAAACUGCACGUGAUCGAGGACCGGCCCCUCAGCAACAAGGCAGCGGGGGCCACACAAGACGCCACUCAGAUAAAGCCCCAGAAACUACACAUCACCCUCCGGCCAGAUGAUGCGAAGCGCUUCACAGUGAGGGUGCGUCAGGUGGAGGACUACCCUGUGGAUCUCUACUACCUCAUGGAUCUCUCUUACUCCAUGAACGAUGAUCUCUUCCGCCUGAGGACGCUGGGCAAAGGCCUGGCCGAGGCCAUGAACCGCACCACCAGCAACCUCCGCAUGGGCUUUGGGGCUUUUGUGGACAAGCCGCUCUCCCCUUACAUGUACAUCUCCCCCAAAGAGGCCGUGAACAACCCUUGCUUCAGCAUCAACACCACAUGCCUGCCUCAGUUUGGCUACAAACACGUUCUGUCCCUGACGGAGGAGGUGGGCCGCUUCACGGAGGAAGUGAAGAAGCAGAUGGUGUCCAGGAACCGAGAUGCCCCGGAGGGAGGCUUUGAUGCCAUCAUCCAGGCUGCUGUGUGCGAGGAGGAGAUCGGCUGGCGCCCCGGUGCAUCCCACCUUCUCAUCUUCACCUCGGACGCGAAGACUCACGUGGCUCUCGAUGGCCGUCUGGCUGGCAUCGUGCAGCCCAACGACGGGCGGUGCCACCUCAACUCUGAGAACAUGUACAGCAUGUCGACCACCAUGGAUUAUCCCUCUUUAGCUCUGAUCACAGAGAAGAUGUCGGAAAACAACAUAAAUCUCAUCUUUGCUGUGACCAACCCUGUGGUUCCUCUGUACCAGAACUACAGUGAGCUGAUUCCUGGCACCACAGUAGGAACACUGUCCAACGACUCUGGCAAUGUGAUCCAGCUCAUCCUGAAGGCCUACGCUAAAAUUCGUUCCAAGGUUGAGCUGGAGCUUCACGGCGUCCCGGAGGAGCUGUCCCUGUCCUUCAACGCCACCUGUCUGAACGGAGAGCUCAUCCCCGGCCUCAAGUCCUGCUCUGGGCUCAAGAUAGGAGACACGGUCUCUUUCAGCGUGGAGGCCAGAGCUCGAGGUUGCCCCAAACAGAAGAAGAAAACCUUCAUCAUCAAGCCGGUGGGCUUCAAGGAUUCCCUCUCCGUCACCGUCAACUUUGAGUGCGACUGCAAGUGCCAGACCAAGGCCCAGCCCAAUAGCCCCAAGUGUAACCAAGGCAACGGCACCUACGAGUGCGGCAUUUGCCUGUGCCACCCGGGUCGCUUAGGGCCUCACUGCGAGUGUGCGGAGGGUGACUAUGACCCCACGGAGCAGGACCGCUGCAGCGGGCCCGAAGGCUCUGGAGGACCGCAGUCGGCCAUCUGCAGCGGCCGCGGUGACUGUGUGUGCGGCCAGUGUGUGUGCCACAGCAGCGACUUUGGGAAAGUCUGGGGGAAGCUGUGUGAGUGUGACGACUUCAACUGCCUGCGCUACAAGGGGGAGCUGUGCUCGGGCCACGGCGUCUGUAACUGUGGAUUCUGCCAGUGUGCCCCAGACUGGCAGGGGGAGAACUGUAACUGCUCCAGACGUACCGACACCUGCAUGUCCAACUCUCAGUGGCGCUGUUUUCAGAGUGAAGCUCCUCCCGCUCCUCCGUCUCAUUCGGUCUCUGCUGUGAGAAGGACAGACUGCAUGUACGGAGCUCUCCACCGUUGCAUCCAACAGAACCAGCAAAGAGAGGAAGCUGCAGGAGUGUUCAUGGCAGCGGGGCACAACAAGGACAGCCUCCUGUCCUUUCUCAACUAUUCCCUCAUGUUUGGAGGAAUCCAGUCUCUCCUCAACUAUGAGGAACACAAGCCAGUUGUGACAGCAGCAGCAUCGGAGGAUGAUCAGCUGGUGGGUUUUGGGACUCGUGCCUACAGCACCUGGCGAGAGGUCUGGGAGAGCAGGGAGGACAGCUAUGCAUCCUUCAUCCUGAAGAAGAAGAACUGCACUGCAGACGACGAGAAAGAGGUCUUUAACCCAGAGCACCGUGCUGCCGACCGACACAACUGGGACCAUGAGUUCCUCUCCCACAUGCAGCAGGACUCGUCUGGUGUCGACCGUGUUCUGGUCCUUACCAUCUGCUACACAGGCAGCACCAGCCAAGGCUCAGGGUCCACCAGGAGAUGCUCCUGCAUCUCCAUCUGUGAAGAGACCUGA